AGAAGGGGCAUUGUUUUAAUUAAUCUUUAUUGUGGAACGUUUAAUAUAACUACACAUUGACCAAGAAACUUCUUAUUGCAAUUUCUAACUUAGCUUUAUCCGAUAUUGCAAAAUAACAUUAAAUAAGAUGGUUCUCCUCGACUAUGAUUAAGCAGCAGUAAAAUGGAACUUUUUCGAAAAUUACAAGGCGCGUUAAAUUAAUUUAUUUUUCCCAAUGUCUGACCAGGGAUGAUACUAUGAGGUAUCGAUAAGGGGGUCAUCAGCUGUUUUGUGUUUACAACAAUUUUGUUGCUGUGCUUUGUUAAAAUGUCUUCAAAAAGAAUUCGAGGGAAAAACUUUAGCGAGCGAGAAGAGCAUGCUCUCAUAGAUCUCGUGAUGUUGAACAAAGACAUUCUGCAGGACAAGAAGAAAGAUGCGGCUACAUGGCGAAAAAAGGCAGAAACAUGGGAGCGACUUGCCCAGGAGUUUAGGGCCGAAACGGGUACCAAUCGAUCAUGGACUGCUCUUCGGGAGAAGUACGAUAAUAUGAAGAAAAACUCUCGGAACAAACACAGAGGAGUCAAAAAUUGGUAUGCGGAAAAGAAACCCCCUGCCAUAGGAAACACAUGGCGUUCCGGGUCCUUUGCGUUGGAAAACAGUCCCGGUCUCACAGGAAUCACCACACCACUAGAAAACCAGUUUGAUAGUGACGAAAACUUCCAGUUAAUAAAUGUAGCAAAAGAAGAAAAUCCUUCGAUCAGCUCACAAAACUCUGAUAGUUCACAGUUACUGCAAUUUUUCAAGCAAAACAUUGAGGAUUUCGAAGAUCCCGAGUUGGACAGCUUCGAGCCUUCUGAAAUAUCGAACACAAAAAUAAGCAGGGGCUUCAAUUCACCCACUAUGUCGGAAGUCAAAUGGAGAACCCGAGUUCAAGAGGAGAAGGUCGAAUUGUUUAAGAUACAACAGGAAUAUUAUAGAGACCAGAACUCUAGAGCCGCUGAAAAACACAAAUACGAAGUAGAAAAGCAAUUUGUCGAACUACAAACGGCUCGAUUAAAGAACCAGUUACUUGAGAUGGAUCUAGAAGUUAAACGUGAAGAAAAAGCAAAAAAUAACCAAAGUAUUGUAAGCUAGUCUUGCUUUGUUAGGGGAAUAAUUAAAAAUUUAUUAUGAAAACGGUCCUUAUUUAGGUUUUAAGUAAAGAUGUUUCAGUUUUAAGUUAUAGACCAUUUUGUAAAUAUUUUUAAAAUAAUUUCGAAAGCUUAUCUACUUUUUAAAAUAAAGUAAUCCUAUUUUGAAUGUCAGCAGUA